AGGAGAGGAUGAGGCAGGAGAACAGAGUAGAGUAAAAUAGAGCAGAGCGGAGUGCAUGCGCGUGGAAUCGGCGGCUUUAUCGGCUCUUCUCUGGGAUAAUUCUGAACUUCUCGGGUUUGUUCCUCUUUUUCUGCAUGUCGGGAAGUUGUUGACGAGCUGAUGUAGGCGGGUGGAUGAAGAUGCUUUCCUCUCGCUCCACAGAGAUGUGAAGAAACGUCACGGUGAAGCUCUUUGAUUCUUCUGUUUGUGGCGCGUAAAUCGAGAAAAUCCCUGCUGCCAUGUGCGCUUCCAUCGGAGCGUCUGAAAGAUGGAGGUGACCUAAAGUGAUAAAUUACCCAGCAGACACGAUGAGCUCCUCGAUCGAGGCGUAAUCACUCAUCAAAUGUUCAUUCAGAGUUUUUCUUUAUUCCUUUAAUAAUCGUUUCCAGGCCAGUGCUGCGUCUUAACUUGUGUGGGAACCUGUAGGGUUAUUUAGGGAACAGGUAUUCUGUUCUUCUCUGGAUAUUUAAAGUUUCCGUCUUUCAGAGCUCCAUCAGGAUUUGUGAUCUAUUUCCAAACCCUCAGCUGAAGAGUGCGGGGACUUCAUCACCGUUCUUUGGAUUAGUCGUCAGAAAGCAAGCCUCAACAUGUAAACAUAUACUCAUAAAUCAACUAUUUAAACUGUUUAAGAGGAAUAUCUGUUUCCUAACAUCGGAGUGCACACAGGUUUUGUGCGGUGAAUCGCACGAACGUGAAACGACUUCCGGGUUCUUCACUUUUGUGGAUUUUCAGGAUCCUUCUGGUGUUUUUCUUUUGAAGCCUGUACGUGUGACCGUUGUGCAUCAGCUGUUCCACACAGUGGAUCUCUAACGUUUUGGUACCUAAUCAACGAUUUGCCAUAAGGGAGAAGAUUUUUCAUCCAGACUCGGUCCCUCCGAGGCCCGUCAGGCGACAUGUCACCUGUUUCGGACUGAAGGGUCGUCAGCCUCAGACUCGGACAGCAGGAGCAGAUAUUUUGUUCCUCUGUGGCUUCGUCCUCCUCUCAGAGAUAUGGCGGCGGCUAUCGCCAGCUCCCUGAUCAGACAGAAGCGCCAGGCCCGCGAGUCCAACAGCGACAAAGUCGCCACUAACAAGCGACGCUCAAGUCCCAGUAAAGACCCGAGAUCUCUGUGUGAGCGACACAUCUUCAGCGUCUUUAGCAAAGUUCGCUUCUGCAGCGGAAAGAAAAGACCAGUACGCCGGAAACCAGAGCCGCAGCUGAAGGGCAUCGUGACGCGCCUCUUCAGCGAGCAGGGCUUCUUCCUGCAGAUGCAGCCCGAAGGAGCCAUCAGCGGCACCAAGGACGAGAACAGCGACUACACUCUGUUUAACCUGAUCCCAGUAGGUUUGAGGGUCGUGGCCAUCCAGGGAGUGAAGGCCGCGCUGUACGUGGCCAUGAACGCCGAGGGAUUCCUCUACACAUCUGAUGUGUUCACACCAGAGUGCAAGUUCAAGGAGUCGGUCUUUGAAAACUACUACGUCAUCUACUCGUCCACCAUGUAUCGGCAGCACGAGUCGGGCCGGGCUUGGUUCCUGGGCCUCAAUAAGGAAGGAAUCAUCAUGAAGGGAAACCGAGUGAAGAAAACCAAACCGUGCUCACACUUUGUCCCCAGACCCAUCGAAGUCUGCAUGUAUAAGGAGCCGUCGCUGCACGAGCUCGAGGAGAAGCUGCUGAAGUCCUCGAGGAGCCCGACGAUGAACAGCGAGGAGCGGGCGAGGAGCCUGGAGAGGGAGCAGCGGGCAGCGGAGUCCUCCACAGAACGAGAGGCGUCGUAGCCUGCAGCGCCACCCGCAGGAGGAAGACGAGGCGAAGGUGGAGGAGGAGGAGGAGAACUCCCAUUUUAACACUCCCUCUGUUCAGCAACAACAACAACUACAACCACACCGACGACGACGACAACAACCGCCAUAACAACGACGGCGAAAACAAAGAAAAAAAGAAGCUUAAAAAAAGGGGAGGGGGGGCGGUGGGGUCUUCGUGCUCGUUAUGAAAUAUUUUAAAUCAAAUGGGGGAGGGCGAGGGGGAGGGGCCUGUUUGGAAAUGGAAAAAAAACAAGACGUUGAUGAUGAUGAUUUACAUUUUAUGCAAAGAGCCCUGCUGAAAUGGCGCCGAGAGGCUAGCCCACCUACUCUUCAUCGCCACAUUGUAAUCAUCAUCAUCAUUUCUGUCACAACGACGACAAAAUGUUUUUGCGAGUCGAGCGAGCGCUGAGAACUCCGAAGCUUUAAGCCAUGUAGAAACUUCACUUCCUUUCAUUUCUUAAUGAAUGCAAAGACUUUCGCACUUUUGACACGCCGCGCUUCUUCUUCUUCUGCGUGAUGUUCUGUCCGGUUGGAAGGAAGACCUUUUCUGUUUCGUCUUCUUCAGCUGCCACAUCUUUACGUGCGUUACGUUGUGUUUUCGGGGUGGGAGCCUUUGUGGGUUUUUGUUGCAGACACUGGCGACUGAAGGAAGGAAGACGGCUCUGUGCCGAUCGGACCGCUUCCUGUGACGGAGGUCAGUCGGGCGACCGGGUGACUGUACGCCUGAGAGGAUCAGAACAGCGUGCCGGUUUGUGUGGUCGCUGCAGGUGGUGUCCACGUGAACUCCACAUUCCUGCUUUUUAAAAUCACUCAGCAGUUUGUAGAUCGAGUUCCUGCUUUCGCUUCACGUUGACGAAAACCGACGAAACUUCUUUAAACGCAUCCAAACGUGAAGGAUCGAGUUCUAAAAAGUUUGUGCGAGGCUCAGAGAAAGGCUUUGACCUUUCAGCCCUGAGUGUUGUCUGCAGGCUUCGUCUCAGGCUGUGUUAACGGCUGUUACAUCCGCAGAGGAGUUUAUAUUUGUCACUAUGCACCUGAGACAUCAGAUAUGAUACACCCCAGAAGAGCUGGGGUGGAGGUGGGUUGCCAAGAGGCUUGUAAAAGCACCUGCAGCUUAUAGGUCAAAUACAAGCCCAGUUUACGGUUGGAACAGACUGUAGUAUAGAUGGUGUACUCCCAAAUAUUUUCCAUGAACAAAUAGUUGACGAUGGGGGGAUUUUGAAUAUCCUAAAACAUAAUCAAUUAAUCAUUUCAGGGGAAACGUAGGGCAGAAACAACCCUGGAUGCUUCUCUGUAUAAACUAUACAGUCAGUGUGCUGUCAGAUUAUAGCGAGCACACCCACUGUAGUAGUAACCGAUCUGUAGUAACCAUGAACUUUGCAAACAUGCCAGAAAUGUGCAGCUUAGCAUAGUGCUAAUUCUUUUCCAUUGCACAGAAAGUAAUAAAUGAAGGACGGCAGGAGCCCAAAAUCAAGCAGCAACUUUCAGCGGUGGGCCAGUCCCCAUAGACUGGUAUGUUAAAAUGAACAGCUUUACAGUAGAAAUAAACAGCCUGGUAAAAAACACUGUUAGAGAUCAUUUCCUCCGCCUAAGAAGUCUGAGCUCCAGUUUUGGCGACUGAAAUUCUGGAAUUUUAUUUGUAUUUUACAGCGAGUGACGUCCUGGUAGCUACAGCUAUCCUUUAUAUACAGUCUGCUCUCCAAAACACGGCUGGUGUGAGUUACUGUUAGAGGCCUGCAGCCUGUGAGACACAACCCGGGGCAGGAAAGGUCAAAGAGCCGUGAGCACAGGUGGAGGUGUAACUCUGACUGUGGGGAGUUUCAGACACGAGGUUGGUUUUAAAAAGAGAUCAGCAGGACUGUGAAGUCCACCAAUAAUGUCAUAAAAAACUGAUCGCAGCUCAGUCUCUCUGUGCUGCGUUCAGGCUCUGAUCACAUGACAAGAUUUUGGGUUUUGCGGCGUUACAAGAAAUAUUGCAUGAUGUACUUUCUGUGCGACGCCCCCGCAGACACGGGGAGGUUUAAAUGAUUUAUUGAGACACUAACAGCCGAGUUGUGUAACUCUGAUCCGGUCUGAACAGGACUGAAGCUGAACGACGAGCCGACCGCGACCUGCCCUGUGUGUUGGAGCUCUGCGUGAUCAGGAUUUAACGGGUUAAAACGCCACAGCAUGCGCUCACUUUGUCUGUUAUUAACACGACUGUGUGUUUGGUUUUGAUGAGGACGGGCACACUGAGCUCUGAUUGGUCCAUUUGUUUAUGUUGACUUGGCACGAUGUGUGCAGCGGUUCAAGAGAAGGAAAUUAGAAUUUUAAAUGUAACUUCAAGGAAAAGAUGAAGUGGUCGGUUAUUGAUUAGUGAAUCAAAAGAUUCCAGAACAGGUUUUUAUGUCGUGGAUGUGAAUGUGUUUGGAUAAAACGCCCGACGCUCCCGCUUUCACUCCCUCCACCGUGAUGCAUUCAGGUGUCGGCCGGUGGGGGGGCUUUGGAGCGUUUCUGACACUGCCCCGCUUUGUUUAGACAAAGAGCACUGCCCUGAAAACUGUUUCACUCCAACCUCGUCUGAACUUCACACAGCUGAAAGGAAAAGAUUUCCUGUCAUCUUUCAAAAUAAAAGUCAAGAGUUUAAGGUAGAGCAGACGUGCAGCUCCCUGGAUGGAUGCUCAGGAUUGAAAGCUCCCUUUAUUGCGUCCACCCCGAGUACGUUUCUUCCUUGCACUGCUCUGUGACGGAGAGAUCUUUUCCUUUCCAGAGAGUAAAGUUUAGACGUUCAGCCUGAGUCGCUGCACUGCCCUCUCCAACCUCUAAGACUUUCCUUCUUCUCUCACUCAGACCCUUUACUUCUCUCCGAUGUUACCAGCCGAGUUUCCCAAAAAGAAAAAAAUGAAACGAGUCUCCAUCAAACGCGUCCUUCCUCCUGCACACGUUCUAUCACUGCCUUCACCGUUCUCAGCGGGAGAAAAUCACCAGGACUGCAGCAUGUAUGGAAAGUCGUUAGUGCCAUUCGUGCUGCGAUCCUGUCUCUGCAGCUCAUACUGUGGUUCCACAAGUUCAGCCUCUGUCGUCACGCUGGCUCAGGACAAUCCUGAGAAACUUCUGUCAUCAUAAAAUCAUUUGUAAAGAUAUUUUUGAGUCAUAAAGAUCAGAGAUGGAAAACCUCUGCUCAGGCUGAAAUGUCCCUCCACUGUACUGUCCCUGGUUCCACAUCUAGAUUGGACCAAGUCCCCAAAACAGUCCCGGCUGUUCUUCUGAUCCUGAUUCUAUUGCUGAUUAACAGGAAGCUCUCAGAACCUGAAUAAGCAGCUGCUCAUUUUAGAACUAGGCUGGGCCAGUUUGUACCAUAAGGAGCAGCAAGUCAGUGUAGCCAUAUUUAAGUAAGUUACUAAAAACACCUUAUGUGCCAAGUAAGAGAGUAACGUCUGUUGGCGAAAAGAGCGUAGGGAUAAAAACAGAGCAAAGGUUUAAAGAACGGUCACAUUUUAAAACAGUUAAAACAACAACUGCUGAUGACGUUCUGCACGUUUGUUACAUAAAAGUCCCUUUAACCAGGGGUGUCCAGCUGUAGUCCUCCAGAGCUGCUGUCCGCAGCUUUUAGAUGCAUCCCUACUCCAACACAGCUGAAUCAAAAGGUUCGAUUCCCUCUUCAGCAGACAUCAAGUUUGGCAAAGGCCUAAUAACAAACCAUUCAUUUGAUUCAGG